ACCACCAUCCUCGAGACAACAAUGCCCCGCGACAACGCUCCCAACUUCGUGCGACAACAAUGUCCUCUCCGGCGCAAGUCAUCGUCGGCUCGUCGAGUGGGUUCGCCGUCGCCGCCUCUUCGACUCCCUCCCUUGCCGCCGCACUCCACAGUAACAGGAUGGAGCAAGAUCAAAUAGUUCGAGUACGUGGAAGAAAUAAAUGCUUCUGGACAGAAAAUGAGGUCCAAGUAUUAAUUGUAACUCUUCAAGAUAUGGCUUGUGAUCCUUCAUGGAAGACAGAUGGUGGUUUUAAAAGCAAUUACAUGGCUGAGGUGCAUAAGAGAAUGCUAAGCAAGAUACCUACUCUUACAAAACAAGUUACACCUCAUAUUGAAUCAAAGAUCAAGUGGUUAAAGACAAGAUUUCAUAUUAUUAAUGACAUGUGUAGACAAAGUGGAUGUCAAUGGAAUGAUGUGGAGGAAAAAAACAGCAUGCUAAAAGCAAUGGUUUGAUAGCU